UCGCGGUGAGUUGAGUUCCUGCUACAGACACAUGAUGGGAAACUGAAAGCCGUAUGUGCGCUCCUGGAGUUUAACUGCGAAAAGUACAGAAAUCCUACAUGUGGUCGAGACGAUGGAGUCCAAAAUAAAAUAACAGAGGAAACUGAAGCACCGAUCCCUCAGUAGGACUCCAUCAAGCCGAAGGGGCCGCAACAGAAAUGGCAAACCUGAACUGGAAGCCGUUUGUCUAUGGGGGAAUGGCCUCAAUUGUCGCAGAAUUCGGUACGUUUCCCAUUGAUCUCACAAAAACACGGCUCCAGGUUCAAGGGCAGACACACUGUAUGGAGGUCCGGUAUCGGGGCAUGUUCCACGCGUUGUUCAGGAUUGGCCGUGAAGAAGGCAUCCGGGCUUUGUACUCCGGAAUUUCACCUGCACUCCUCCGACAAGCUUCCUACGGGACAAUCAAGAUCGGUACAUACAACACACUGAAGAAACUGUUUGUUAGUCAUCCAGAAGAUGAGACUAUGGUAAUUAAUGUGUUUUGUGGUGUGGUGUCUGGAGUUUUGUCAUCCUCUUUGGCAAAUCCAACUGACGUCCUUAAGAUCCGCAUGCAGGCUCAAGGCAGCCUGUUACAGGGAAGCAUGAUGUCUAAUUUCAUUAACAUUUACCAGACAGAAGGCACACGAGGCCUGUGGAGGGGUGUAAUUCCUACUGCACAGAGGGCGGCCAUCGUGGUGGGUGUAGAGCUGCCAGUUUAUGACAUCACCAAGAAGCAUUUGAUUCGUUCAGGCCUCAUGGGAGACACGGUUUUCACUCAUUUCAUAUCGAGUUUUACGUGUGGUCUGGCAGGCGCUUUGGCCUCCAACCCGGUGGAUGUUGUGAGGACACGUAUGAUGAAUCAACGUGUGCUCGCAGGUAACCCUCUUUACAAGGGCACUCUGGAUGGACUGAUGCAGACCUGGAAAAACGAAGGCUUUUUUGCUCUCUAUAAAGGCUUCUGGCCCAACUGGCUGCGUCUGGGGCCCUGGAACAUAAUUUUCUUCAUCACCUUUGAGCAGCUGAAGAAGCUUCCAUUGUAGAGUUUGUGACUUCACUGAACUGCGUGUAUGUGCUUUUGUGUGUGUCUGGGGCUUCUGUCCUUCAGCAUUCACCAUCCUUUCUUCAUCGCACAUCUAUAAGUAUUUUUAUUUAAGAACAUUUCAUUCUCGUUUGCAUUGUACAUACUUGACCUAUUUAAACACACUUGUUUUUGCACCUAAAUGCUUUAUUUUUCACUCCUGGCAGCUAUCUUGUCCGACAGCGCCAUGUUCACAGGCCCAGUGGUCUUUUCGUAAUAUAUGCUUGGUGAGCUAGAAGCCACGCUGGUGAAUAUUUGAGGUAAAGGGCUAUAGCAAAACUGGAAACCACCAGGCAUAGUUUAUCUAUACUGGCUUGAGAGUUUGGCAUUCUAGUAUAGUGCUUAAAGUUAGUAAAAACACAUCCACCACGUGGGGGAUGUAAAGCAAUAGUUUAGUGUAAAACCGAAUGCAGUUCAGCAGGAGUAUAAGCAGGAAUAUUUGAGGUCCACACACUCAAUAAAUUAGAUACUUUCCUUGUAAUUUAAAAUGCUCACGUGUAAACACCGCUUCAGUGAUUAAGAAUGUAUUUUGCUUCAUCUGUCGUCUGCAGAUGUGAUAGAAAUUGCCCAUGUUGCAAACUUCUAGACAGCCCAAAUCAAUACCAAAGGAACUAGUAAGGAGUGAUGUGGCCUCAUAUCCUGUAUCUUUAAACUCAGUGGGCAUUCAUAAUAAAACACAAGCAUAUUUCAGUGUAGCUCAAGUCUGUUCUUGCACAAGUUGUUGCAUUUAAUUCAGCAUUGCACAGAAAUUCUGUUAAGCUCGUUUCAUAAAGCUCAAUGUGCGCAAAGAGCUUCUUUUAUCCCAUAAUGUGUCAAGGACCUCUGAAAAGCUCAGUGGAAAUGGGUGAGAAGUUUAUGCUUGAACAUGCACUGCAUUCUAAACACUUUUUUUUUGUUUAGUUUUUUUUGCCAUGUGACUUCUGAUUUGCCAUGUACAUUUGCAUGUGUGUAUGUAGCGUGUGUGUGCUUGUGUUCUGAGAAGCACAUGUAAAAUGUCAAAUAUUUUGGCAGCCGUCAAAGUGUGUAAAUACUGCUACUGUACGAUAGAAUAAAAUAUUAGCAUAUAUAGUUUUUGUUUGUUUGUUAAUUUUAAACCAGAUUUUGUGGACAAGGGUGUCGGUAGCAUUUUUGAGUGCUUGCCUCUUUGCCAAAGUGUACAUGUAUUAAACCAGAACUGCACUGUUGCUGGUUUUUAAAAGUGACACAUUAUUAUUGUUAUUAUUGGGAAAGUACUGUUACAUAUUUAUCAUUGUAUGUCAUAUUUCAAGCCUUACCACUUCCUGCUUUUAUAUUUAUGCCUAUGCCUGGUUGUUUUAUGCCUAUCGGUGUGCUAGCCAAACACAUUGUUGAACUUCUGCUAUAAUUUACUGUUCAUAACCUUUUAAAAUGCAAAUCAAACUGUACUGUAAACUUCUAAGCAAACAUUCUUAAGUUAUAUGGACAAGUUGCUUCUUCAUAUGACUUUAAGAAGACAAAUUUAAAGGGUUUAAUGUAUGUAAUGCCUGGGAUAUUCAGGGGUUUUCAUUGUUUGUUACACUUGCUUCCAGUUUUUCCCAAACUUUGGCUUUUGCUAUAGAUUGGUGAUUACAGCAUGGUGCAUGAUUUAUUCCUCUCUAAAUAACUUAAAUGCUUAUUUCAUUAUGUGCAAAGACCAAGAACCACAUUAAUCCAUGUGCCAGUGUUCUCACUGUUAGUAACUUAUAAAUCAUAAGGUUGAGAAUCUUUUUGUUGUUGUACUCCUUUUUUUUAUUUUUUAUUUUAUUAUAUGAAAGAUUCUUUUGUGUAAAGGUACAUUUUAAAUUUGUUAGUUUGGAUGUAAAAUGGAAAUCAAGAUGAAUUUUCUCACAACACUGUUGUACAAUGAGGGAUAUUAUAGAAUGUACUACCCAGAUAGUAAACAUUAUAUUAUGUAGAAACUUUCUUCCCCAGCAUAGCUUUUUUUUUUUUUUUUUUUUUUUUCCCAAUAUGCAGCAAAACCAUUGAUACAUUAUAUAAUUGCUUGAAAUUACAAAUUUCUUUGUAAUCCACUUUUUCGGUUAAGUGUCUUUGAACACAAACAUUAUUUAUUAAGAUCUCUUGCUUGAAUAGACUAUGAAUUGUAUCAAGAAUGCCUUUUUUUCUUUUGUGGGUGGUUUGUUUUUUUUGUUUUGUUUUUUUUUUUGCUUUUGUCUAAUGUAACUGUGCACCCUGACAAUAAAUACAAUGUUCACUGAAA